AUGUCUGCACCCCCACCAGUCCCCUCCAAGGCCGCUCUCCAUGCGCUGCGAGGCCUUCUCUUUGGGACGUCAUGCUCGCUCGUCUUGGUAGCAGAGGAGCGGCGCCAACGCAUAAAGAUUGCUCGGUCCGCCGUCGAGAAUGGGCGGAAGUUGAAGUCCUUGAAACGGUAUAGCACCAAUGGGCGAGCCACGAUCGAGGCAUUGCAGGAGGAAGUCCGAACCGACCCAGACUUCUCGGGCUGGUCAAGAAGGUCCAAGAGCCGGUCUUCCGCCGAGCUGUACGAAGCUUCACAGGGGCUUGGGCCCGACCCCCGACGGCCAACGCGCCCGAAAGAAAAGAAGGAGCAGAAAGAAUCCGACGGAACGGCGCCGGUGUCCCGCUUAUCGGGGGAGCCCCGACAUCAAAGACCUGCUGCGGCUGCCAGGAAGUCGCAAUUUCAGCCUGUCCAGCCCAUUGCGCCAACGAGAAGGCUUGCCCACACGCUCGAUGAGUUCUUGAGAGAUAACCCUCACCUGGGGAAUGUGGACGGACCCCGCUAUUCGCCGUCAGAUCCAAACCAGUAUGCGCCGACUGCGGCCGUAGACUUGGUGCGUCGAGCACAAGCCUCCGUAGCCGACUCUCGAGAACCUCCCGACUGGCUCAUCAAGUUAUCUACGCUAUUGUGUAUCGCAUGCCAGCAGGAGGGCCACUACACGGACGCCGGGGAGAUUCUGCGAAUCGUUGUCAACCAUGGACCGAUCAGUCUGGGCGACUACUUGGCGCACCGGCCAAUGGAGCUCAUGGAGGCCCUUAUAUUGGAAAAAUUUACCGGGGAAACUGCGCGGACGGAUCAUAUCAGACAGAUCAGGAGGCUGUACUUGGCCGACAUUGCCGAUAUCGACCAGGCCCCCUCCCGUGUGCGCCAGCAAUACAUCGCAAUGGGCAAGAAUGUGAUUUCCAGGGCUCUGGAACUGCAGCGCAGCACCCUCAUUACGGAAGUCUUUGGCAGAGUCAAGUACAUUGCAAGGGCCCAGCUGUCUGACACGACCUGGUUCAUCUGCCAGCUGGCCAAACACAACGAAUACACGCUGGCCAUCGACACGUUCGUUUCGUCGUACCAGAGCCUGAGACCGAGCUUCCAGACCAGGGAAAUGUGCGACCUCGCGGUUGACUGCGUGAUCAAGUCGCACAACUACGCCGCACUCGAGGUUCUGGAUACCAUGUGCCGCUUCAGCCAGCGCGACGGCUGGCUGGUUGAAAGCACAUGGGUCGAGUCCAUCCUGUGGCAGCAGUGGGAGCGCUCACGCGGCUACACGGGCACGCUGGAACUCAUCAAUCAUGUGCUGGACAACGACUUUUACGGCAUCGAACAUACGUACGCCAUCCGGCACACGAUUGUGCGGAUCCGCCUCGCGGCACACGACUUAGCACUGGCAAAGAGAGACUUUGAGAGUUUUUGCAUCGAAUACCCCAACGCGUGGAAGGAUAUGGAGCUUCGUGGUGCGUUUGCGAAGCAGAAGGCGAGCAAGGGACUUUGGGAUGCAGUUCGCGCCGACUUCAAUUCCCUCAAGGCGCUGCAGCCGUUUCCCGAGGAGCAGCGGGUAAAGUUCAAUGCCAUCUUCGUCAGCAUCCUCGAAAUCUACUCAAAGAGCCACACCUGGGGAGAGACGGAAACGUUCCUGGAGACAUACAUCCAGGAGCUUGGCGUGACUCCUGACCGCUACCUGGUCCGCUUCAUCGCCGACAGGCACGGCAAAUGCCACGAUAUCAAGGCGAUGGUCCGGUGGCUGAGGUUCUGCAGAGGCGCAGGGUACCAGACCGACCCGCUCUUUUGGCACGCCGUCUUCAAGAGCUGCAAGCGCGACUGGACGUACAGCGACGAGCACAUGAGGGAGCUAUAUCUCGAGCUCUCCCGAAGCGGGGUCUCCAAGGAGGAGUUCGCCGCUGUCGAAAAGGUGUACAAGCAGCUGUCCAGCGUCCCCUUGCCCGUCGUGACCAAACGCGUCCGGUUGAACGCCCACCGCUUCAGUCCCGCCGACGAGCGCAAGACAUACGAGCGCAUGCUCCUGGAGGCCCAGCAUGAGAACUGGGGUGUGGUGAACUCCAUCUACAACCGCGCGGUGCACAACAACAUGGGGUUCUCGAGCCGAUGCCUGCGCCUGGCCGUACAGGCCAGCAUCAGCAGCAACGGCAUAGCCUGCCCGAGAGCCAAAACCCUGCUGUCCAAGGCCCAGUCGGAUGGGCACGACAUCAGCAAUGCCGUCAUCCCCGUGGUCUUUGCCAAGCUUGAUCAGAUCGAAAAGUAUCACCAGGCUGAGGGCAAUAAAGGCGGCCGCGGCUGGCCGUUCCACGAUAUCAAGGGCGUCUUGUUCGGCCUGCAGAGCGACGGCAUCCACAUCGCAGACAGCGUGUUUGACCGCGCCGCGCGGGUAUGCCUUACGGUACGCAACUACCGCGAGGCCAUCACUAUCUGCGUCACCGCCGCCAACACCAAUGGGCACGGCGACCUGUGCUACAGCCUCUCCAACUUCAAGAACCUCCUCCACGCCUACACGGCGCGCCACGAGUACGACAAGCUGCGCUGGGUCAUCUCCCAGCUGGCGGAGCGCCAGUACCGCUUCACGCGCGCCUGCCGCCAGUCUCUCAAUUGGGCCAUCCGCUACCUCCGCGUCGCCUCCCAAUCCGAAAAGGCCGAGGAGCUCAUCCAAUCCGACCUGGCGACGCUCGACUUUGUCAAGACGGCGCGGGAUGCCCUUGGCAAGGAGCACCACACCUCCAAGGCCGACGCGCAGGAGGAGAUGAUUGACGCCGCGACGGGACGCGAGCGCACAGCCGAGGCGCUGAGCAUGGCCAAGGCCAAGCGUGCGGCCACGUUCUUGGCCGGUGUCGCUGCCCAGCAGGACGCCGCCGCCGCAGAACUUGCCGCCAGGUGGGAGCGGGAGAGCGCCGAGGCCUGCUCAGACAGCGAUUACGAUGAGCCAGCUUGGGGCGACGAGCACCCGGAGAGGCGGCACUCAGCUGACGGGGCGUAUUACUAG